GCGAAAGUGCUCUAACAUGCGAAAGUGCUUUUUCAAUUGCACAGACAAACAAAAGUUACUACUAUCCAAAAGUAUUUUUUUCGAAAAACAUUUUUGAUGAAAACCACUUUUCCAAAUGUAAACAGAUUUUGAAAACUUGGCCAAAUAUAUCUAAAUCACACCAACUGGUUAUAUGGGAAACUUAUAUAAUUACAAAGAAUACCAGGGACUCGUUUUCCAUUAAGUAACAAAUUUGGGAAGGUUUAUAUCCUAGUACAUAUCGAACAAUUUAGUUUCCUUAAAUGGGGUACCUCGCAGUGUAGCUCAAACACUAAAAUCCACCUUCAAGAAGUGAAAAGAUUUCAUUUUUAUUACGAGGUAAGUUCCCCUUCAAUGAAAUAUCAACUUGGUAAUUCAAGAAAAUACUUAUAAUGAAGAAUCUCAAACAUUUUCGUAAAUUUUCAACCUUUCUUGAUUCACCCAAAAGCACCCACCAAAUCCCUGUAAAAUUAUUAACCCCUAAACAAAGAAAAUUGGCCCCAAUUCCAUUACCUCAUAGAACAAUUUCAGACCCCAAAGGCCAAGAUCUUGAUUUUAUAAAUGUAGCUCAUAGUCACUUAAUACAUUCUGAUUGGACUAAGCUUGAAAAUUUGGGUUCUUGUUUAACCCCAUUUAGAGUAAAGCACAUUUUGUUGAAAAUUCAAAAAGAUUAUGUUUUAUCUCUUGAGUUUUUCAAUUGGGUUGAGGGUAAAAACCCGAAUUCGAAUACCCUUGAGAAUCAUUCCAUUGUUCUUCAUGUUUUAACUAAGAAUAAGAAGUUUAAAUCUGCUGAAACUAUUUUGAGGAAGCUUCUUGAAUCAGGUUCUGUUGAUUUUCCUGCUAAGUUGUUUGAAGCUAUACUUUUAUCGUAUCGAAUGUGUGAUUCUUCACCGCGUGUUUUUGAUUCGUUGUUUAAGUGUCAUGCUCAUUUGAAGAAGUUUAGGAAUGCUAGUGAUACAUUUUGUAGUAUGAAGCAGUAUGGAUUUGUUCCCAAUGUUGAGUCUUGUAAUGCAUUUAUGAGCUCAUUGCUUAAGUUGAAUAGGAUAGAUGUUGCGUUGGGCUUUUAUAAGGAGAUGCGUCGGUCAAGGAUUUCGCCUAAUGUUUAUACGUUUAAUAUGGUCAUGAGUGCUUUUUGCAAAUCGGGGAACUUAGAAAAGGCUGUUGAGGUCUUAAGGGACAUGGAGAAUAUAAGCUUGAAACCUAGUGUCGUGUCUUAUAACACUUUGAUUGCUGGACAUUGUAACCGGGGCCUCUUGAGUGUCGCGAUGAAACUUAAGAGCACGAUGGAGAAGAAUGGGGUUCAUCUGGAUAGUGUUACUUAUAACACUCUUAUUCAUGGUUUAUGCAAGGAAGGAAAACUACAUGAAGCAAACAAACUUUUCAGCGAGAUGAAGAGAACCGGUGUGGCGCCUAAUGUUGUCACUUAUAAUACGCUGAUAAAUGCGUAUAGCCAGGCUGGUAAUUCUGAAAUGGGAAGUCGGUUUUUUGAGGAGAUGGCAAACAAUGGAUUGAAGGCUGAUAUCUUGACUUACAAUGCAUUGAUUUCGGGACUGUGCAAGGAGGGGAAGACAAAGAAAGCUGCUUUUUUGGUCAAAGAACUUGAUAAGUUAAAUUUGGUUCCUAAUUCCUCUACUUUCUCUGCUCUGAUUAGUGGACAGUGUGCAAGAAGGAAUCCUGACCGUGCGUUUCAACUCUAUAAAAGCAUGGUCAGAGGUGGUUGUCACCCUAAUAAGCCCACUUUGACUCUGUUAGUAUCCACCUUCAUCAAGAAUGAGGAUUAUGAUGGAGCAAUGGAAGUCUUGAAAGAGUUUCUAGAAAGAUCUAUUACCCCUGACUUAGACAUGUUAAGUGAAAUAUGCAGCGCAUUUCAGAGAUGCGGCAGAGAAGGAAAAAUCAUAAAACUUUUACAAGAAAUAGAAGCUAGACGCCUCAUGCCCGAAGAUUUUGAUAAAACAACAAUGAUUAGUUCUACAGACUGAAGAUAGAAUGUAAAACGUUUACAAGAAAUAGAAGCUAGACACAUAAUGUCCGAAGGAUUUUCUUUCUACAGACUGAAGAUAGAAUGUAAGUUGUACACAACUUUGUUCCCAUUGUCUUGAAGCAACUGUAACUUGCCCUUAUUCUCUAAAAAUCAAUUGCUCUGGUACCAAUGUGCUGUUUUUCAUGACCAAAAUGGUUUGCCCUGUAGAUAGUUGAAGCAUGUUUUGCAAACAUCAGUCUCAGCUGUUAAAUUGUACUUCAGAAAUGUUACCUGGAUAAUGAACAUCUGAUUGUCAAUGAGGCUUAAAGUCUCAACUGCAUCCGGAUGAGGGUUGUUUUGAGACGUGUAUGUGAUUUUUUCCCGGUUAACAUUUCCUAUCCUGUGGAUGCUGAUAGGACCUUAGUCUGGUGAACAUACCCUCAGUAUAGUCAACAAGACUAUGUUUUACUUAAGAGCCUAGCGGUCUCUAAGGAAGUGGCCUAGCGGUUGAUGGUUGAAGCGAAAACCUCAGAAACCAAGAUUCUAAUCCCAUCAGAGGCACUAGGUGCAUUCUUUUCAUCUACCAAAGUGUUGGUGGAUAUGUGAUACGUUUAAUGAACAUGGAAGGUAGUACACACAAGUUGGCAUGGACAACUAUUAUCCAAAAAAGGAAAAUAAAUUAGUUAUGGUCUAUUAUUUUAUUCUAUUCUAUAUUUGAAAUUUUUUGCGCGAUUUGGAGAUAUUCAUAUGUUUUCUUGGUUCUAAAUCCUAUUCAGGUAACUUCCUUUUCGAAGCUGCACUGUUAAAUGAAAUCAAAUGAAUCUUUCUGAUUUAAUUUC